UACACAACAUGUAUACAUACAUACUGCGCAAAGCGUUUAGGUUUUAAUUUCGAACGUUGAAGUUGAUUGUUUCGAAGAUGAGUUCUAUGAAUUCGAUUAUUCACGAAAUUACAGACGCUGAGAAAACAUCAAAUUUUUUAACUGCGCCGUAUAAAGCGAGAUAAAGAGUUAUUAACAUCAAUCCCUAAGUUCUAUUUUUUUCUUUUAUUCUCUGGAAGUUUUGCCGUCUACAUUUGUUUAAAAAAUUUGUUUUCUCACAUUCGCGGGGAUAUUUCAAUGAUUACACGAGCCCGUGCGAGGAAAGCAGCCAACAGUUCGGAGUCUAUCAGUGAUCACUCGGAAUACGAUUCCACAACCAACGAUAUGGAUGAUUUAGAAGAACAACAAGGUGCCUCUGGAAGUAAUCCAGUGGCCAUUUCAGCCGACCAAAUCGCAUUAUUGGUGUCCAGUAUUACAUCGCUUCCAGAGUGUGUGGAAGAGCUACGCAGGGACGCAUAUCGUAGUAGGCAUGGAGUCGGAGGCAGCUCUGCCAACGCUGUACAUACCGACAACGUUCAGUCGCCACUACGAACGCCAGCGCAGGCGCAGUCGUCGACGUUGCAAGUACACACACAGCAGCAAGCACAAACACAACAGCCGUUUUUGUCAACGCAUUUGCCACCAUGUAUAGUACAAACGCCAACAAUGAAUACCGCCGCCUUAACAUGUAUGGAUAAUUCUGCCGCCAAGCUCUUUCCAUUGCCAAAUUUUGAUGGCAAUUCGGAAGAUUGGCCAUUGUUCUGAGCGAAUUAUAAUGAUACCACUAAUG